CGUGUAACAGCCAUCAAUUGAAUCCUUGUUAGCUGCAUGGACCCAAGAAUUUCAGGUUAAGUAAGGUCAAUUCAGGUCAGGUCAGGGGGCUAGACAACAACUAACAAUAACUAACAACAACUAAACUUAAGGUUCCUUGCCCCGCCAAAUAAAAACAUCUUAGGCGAACUUGUGUCGUUGCAUUUCAAAGGCUUCAAACUUCCUUUACCCAAAUUCAGCUUGUACCUGAAUCUAAGCUGCACCUCAUUAUUACCUAUAUACACAUUUGUCGAUCAUCAUGCUUCAGAUUCCGCAUCGAGAAAAAGCCAAUGGUCCCAAUAAGGGUACCAAAGCUAUCAUCCUAGUUGGUGGUCCUUCAAGAGGAACCCGGUUUCGCCCUCUGUCGCUCGAUGUCCCCAAGCCUUUGUUCGAUGUUGCCGGCCAUCCCAUCAUCUGGCACUGCUUGACCGCCAUUGCGAAAGUGCCCUCCAUUCAGGAGGUUAUUAUGAUUGGCUACUAUGACGAAUCCGUAUUCAAGGACUUCAUCAAGGAAGCUGCCUCAGAAUUCCCCAAUCUCCCUAUCAAAUACCUACGAGAAUACCAGGCGCUAGGUACAGCAGGUGGCUUAUACCAUUUCCGAGAUGCUAUUCUUAAGGGUCGACCCGAGCGCAUCUUCGUUCUCAACUCGGACGUGUGCUGUUCCUUUCCCCUCAACGAGAUGGAGAAGCUAUUCGACGACAAGGAUGCCGAAGCUGUCAUUCUAGGCACACGAGUAAGCGAGGAUGCUGCGACCAACUUUGGUUGCAUCGUAUCCGAUCAACACUCCCGUCGUGUGCUACACUACGUCGAGAAGCCCGAAAGCCACAUAUCAAAUCUCAUCAACUGUGGUGUCUACCUGUUCAGCGUCGACGCCAUCUUUCCGAGCAUCAAGACUGCUAUCAAGCGAAGAACCGACCGACCUCGACUAGUAUCGUAUCCCUCAUCCGAGAACCUCGAGUCAAGCUUCAUGGCCGACGAAGAUGAAGAGCGCAAGAACGAAGUCAUUCGUCUGGAACAAGACAUCCUGAGCGAUCUGGCCGACAGCAAGCAAUUCUUCGUCUACGAGACCAAGGACUUCUGGCGCCAGAUCAAGACGGCUGGAUCCGCCGUCCCAGCCAAUGCGCUAUAUCUGCAAAAGGCCUACCAAACCGGAUCGAACGAACUUGCGCAGCCUUCUCCUAAUGUCAUACCGCCUGUCUUCAUCCACCCCUCCGCGCACGUUGACCCCACUGCUAAGCUUGGACCUAAUGUCUCUAUCGGACCCCGAGCCAUCAUUGGACCUGGUGCAAGAGUCAAGGAGUCUAUUGUCCUCGAGGACGCGGAAAUUAAGCAUGACGCUUGCGUGUUGUACUCCAUUGUCGGCUGGAAUAGCCGAGUUGGUGCCUGGGCUCGUGUUGAAGGUACACCCACGCCCGUCACAAGUCAUUCCACCAGCAUCGUGAAGAACGGUGUGAAGGUGCAAAGCAUCACCAUUCUAGGAAAGGAAUGCGGGGUUGGUGACGAAGUCCGCGUACAAAACUGUGUCUGUUUGCCUUUUAAGGAGUUGAAGAGGGAUGUCUCUAAUGAAGUCAUCAUGUAAGGACGAUUACUACGGUAGAGCAAAUUACUUGCAGCCUCUCUUCUCCUUAUGACGUUAGAGGACACAAUUCGUUCUCAGUUCGGUGUAAUGGACUUUCAAAAAAAAAAAAGGAAAAAAACCCCUACUAUGAUACCUUCGGCGCGACGUACUAGCCAGCCAGAUAGUCUAGAAGUUAUAUAAUUGGCAAUGUUUCUGUUUUCGAGCGUCGUUUUAGCUUCUUCUCUUUACUCUGCCAGUGUAGAGCUACGACUCUGAAUCUAGGUUUCAUAAUGCAACUAUCAGUG